AUGGAGAGUAUUCGUAGGCUUGUUUUAUUGGCCCUUACAGGGGUUUUUCUCAUUACUAAUCUCGCUAAUGCCCAAGAUGAUCAACAAGGAUUCAUCAGUUUAGAUUGCGGUAUGCCCCAUAACGAGCCUAGUUAUAUUGAAGAGACCACCGGUUUGAAAUUUUCAUCCGACUCUGGUUUCAUUCGCAGUGGAAAAAGUGGUAGAACGAAUAAUGAGGAUCCUCGUUUAGGCAUGUCAAACAUAAAGCCAUAUAAGUACCUUAGGUAUUUUCCGGAAGGAAUAUUACGAAACUGCUAUAAUCUGACUGUCAUGCAGGGCACACAUUAUCUCAUCAGAGCUGUCUUCGUAUAUAGAAAUUACGAUGACCUUAAACAAAGACCAAUAUUUGAUCUUUAUCUUGGCCCUAACUUCUGGAUAACUAUAAACUUACAAGAAGAAUUCGGUAGUGUCGACCGAUUUUGGCGGACAGAUGGUAAGGUAGAGGACAUAAUUCACAUGCCAAAGUCGAAUUUUAUGGAUAUUUGUCUGGUUAAGACAGGAACAACGACGCCAUUCAUAUCAACCUUGGAACUACGUCCCCUAAGAGAUGACACCUAUACUACUAAAACUGGCUCCCUGAUGCUAUUCAACCGAUGGUAUUUCAGCAAUUCUGAAUCCUUCGUACGGUAUCCUGAUGAUGUCCAUGAUCGUCUAUGGGACACAUACUUUUCGGAUGAAUUAACACAAAUAAACACCACCACCACUGUAAAUACCACGAAUGCCUUUGAUUUGCCACAAGCUAUCGUUUCAAAGGCUUCUAUACCCAAAGAUGCAGGUAAGUCAUGGAGCAGACGCUGGUCCAUGCAAUCUACGGACGACGUUCACGUGUACCUUCACUUUGCGGAGAUCCAAGCCUUGAAGCCCAAUGAUACCAGAGAGUUUAGUAUUUUGUGGAAUGAAAAAACAAUCAAUCAUAACUACAGUCCUCUGGAGUUCAUGGUUGAUACUGUUCCUAUCAGAACGUCGACUAAAUGUGACGAUUCUUGCUACUUAGAGCUUGUAAGUACUACAUCGUCAAGUCUUCCACCAUCUCUUAAUGCCAUGGAGGUUUUCGGGGUACUCCAGCUUCCUCAGUCCGAAACAGAUGAAAACGACGUCACUGCAUUCAAGAACAUCCAAGCUUUUUAUAAAUUACAAAAAAUGAGCUGGCAAGGAGAUCCAUGUGUGCCUACACAGUAUAUGUGGACUGGUCUAAAUUGCAGCAAUAUGCUUCCGUCUAUUCCACCAAGAAUUAUUUCUCUAGACUUCUCUUAUUAUGGACUGAAUGGGACCAUAUCAAGUGACAUACAAUAUCUUAGCCAGCUACAGAAAUUGGACUUGUCAAAUAAUAAUUUGACGGGAAGAGUGCCUGAAUUUCUCGCUAAACUGAAGUUGUUGACGGUCAUAAACUUGAGUGGGAACAACCUUAGCGGCUCAAUUCCUGAAACCCUACGUAACAUGGAAAAUAAUGGGUUAACGUUGAUACUUCGAGGAGGAAAUAAAAACCUCUGUUUGGAUCCAUCUUGCGAAAGUGAAGCUGGUGAUGGAAAAAACAAAAAGAAAUGGCUAGUACCCAUUCUUGCAUCAGCUGCUUCUGUGGGUAUUACUACAGCUAUUAUUCUUCUCAUUAUCCUCUUCUACAGAAGAAAAAAGAGGUCUUCGAAAGAUAUACGUCCAUCAAUGGUGGUGAACAAGAGAAGCUUUACUUAUGAAGAGGUUACAGUAAUGACAAAUAACUUUGAGAAAACUCUCGGUGAAGGAGGGUUUGGAGUCGUGUAUUACGGUAACUUAAUUAAUAACGAGCAAGUGGCUGUUAAAGUGCUCUCUCAGUCUUCAGCUCAAGGCUAUAAGCAAUUUAAGGCUGAGGUAGACCUUCUUCUGAGAGUACACCACAUAAAUUUGGUAAGCCUUGUUGGUUAUUGUGACGAAGGACAACACUUGGUCCUCAUCUAUGAGUACAUGUCCAACGGAAACUUAAAACAACAUCUAUCAGGAGAAUGUGCUAGCUCCCCUUUGAGUUGGGCAAAUAGGCUAAGAAUUGCUGCAGAGACAGCUCAAGGAUUGGAGUAUUUGCAUAUCGGCUGCAAACCACCAAUGAUUCAUAGAGAUAUCAAAUCUAUGAACAUACUUCUUGAUGAGCAUUUCCAGGCUAAACUUGGGGAUUUUGGGCUUUCAAGAUCAUUUCCAGUGGGAAGUGAAACUCAUGUAUCAACAAAUGUUGCUGGAUCUCCAGGUUAUCUUGACCCUGAAUAUUACCGAACAAACUGGUUGACAGAGAAGAGCGAUGUCUUCAGUUUUGGAGUUGUAUUACUUGAAAUCAUCACAAGCCAGCCAGUGAUUGACCAAACACGUGAAAAGGCUCACAUAGGAGAAUGGGUUGGAUUUAAGUUAACCAAUGGGGAUAUAAAAAGUAUUGUUGAUCCAAGUCUCACUGGGGAUUAUGAUUCUAGUUCACUGUGGAAGGCUCUUGAGCUAGCGAUGUCAUGCGUUAGUCCAUCUUCAUCUGGAAGACCAAACAUGUCCCAGGUUGCUAAUGAACUUCAAGAGUGUCUCUUAUCAGAGAAUUCAAGGAAAGGAGGGAGUCAAGACGUGGAAUCGAAAAGUUCUCUUGCACUGAGCACAAGCUUUGGUCCUGAACAGACUCCUGAUGCACGCUAG